AUGUCGCUGUGGCCUAGGCCCCGCGCCCGACACAAUGCAGAUCGGGCGCCGCCCAAAGCUGUGAUGUUUGAUAUGCCGUAUGCGGAUUGCUUCUGUUGGAAUAAACCUCGUCACACAGUGAAGAAUCCUGUUACCCAUCAUACUGUAACACUUCUCUGCAACUUUGACAGUGAAAUGAGUGAGGGAGAAAUGCCGAAGGUCGCACGACUAUCGACGCACUCUGCCACCAACGUCACUCUGUACUGGAUUCCUCUGAAUCCCACGGUUCAUGUCGGCUUCUUUGUCAUCGUAUCUGCGAUUCUCUUCGUUCGGCACUAUCUGCAGCUCCCCGUCCUCCGUUCCGAGACAAGUUCCCAAGUCGACCCGGAAGUCAGUGACCCGGAGGUGGAGCCGUUUCCACUGCUUAGUGACGCCGCAGCCUCAACUACUGCCGAUUCAGCGAAGAACCCGAAGCCAAUCCCCUUGGUAUCUGGGUCGAGCACCGGCCCUGCUAUCCAAACUGAAAAACCAGGGGUGACAAAGCUGCACGGUCUUGCUCCGUCUCGUCUCACUCGCGUGUAUCAUGAUGAGACGAGUCCAGAUCCACAGCAACCCGUGAUCUUGACUGAGGCUCAUGAGACGGAGCCCGGUCCCAGCCAGCGCCGCGCCGUGCACGAAGAAGAUGCCGAGGACAUCGACGUUCUCCCACCAAUGUACCGCGAAGCUUGGGGUGAGCGUCACCAGAUGCAGUUGCAAGAAGGAGCUUCCGGUGUCGCGCGCGACGCGAAUGGCAGUCGUGCCGUGGACGAAGUAGGGAACCACAGCGUUCGGUGUUAUGCAACAGCGCACUAUGUCCGUGUGUAG